AUGUACUUCUUCCUGCUCAACCUCGCCCUCCUUGACCUGGCCUCCAUCUCCACCAUUGUCCCCAAGUCCAUGGCCAAUUCCCUCUGGAACACCAGGGCCAUCUCAUACACAGGAUGUGCUGUACAGCUCUUUUCAUUUGCAUUCUUGAUAACAGCAGAGUAUUCUAUGCUCACCGUCAUGUCGUACGACCGCUACGUUGCCAUCUGCAAACCCCUGCACUACGGGACCCUCCUGGGCAGCAGAGCUUGUGUCCACAUGGCAGCAGCUGCCUGGGCCACUGGGUUUCUCAAUGCUCUGCUGCACACGGCCAACACAUUUUCACUGCCCCUGUGCAAGGGCAAUGCCCUGGGCCAGUUCUUCUGUGAAAUCCCCCACAUCCUCAAGCUCUCCUGCUCACACUCCCACCUCAGGGAACUUGGGCUCCUUGUGGUCAGUGCCUGUUUAUUUUUUACGUGUUUCAUUUUCAUUGUGGUGUCCUAUGUGCAGAUCUUGAGGGCCGUGCUGAGGAUCCCCUCUGAGCAGGGUCGGCACAAAGCCUUUUCCACCUGCCUCCCUCACCUGGCCGUGGUCUCCCUGUUUGUCAGCACUGGUUCAUUUGCCUACCUGAAGCCCCCAUCCAUCUGUUCUCCUUCCCUGGAUCUGGUGGUGUCUGUUCUGUACUCGGUGGUGCCUCCAGAACAAGCCCAGUGGCCCAGUGAGAUUCAUCUCAGCUGCUGGGACGGCUCAUUGCAAGUGCUCCUGUCUGCUGCAUCACCCUUGCCCGUGAUUCUGGAUUGUGCUUUCAAAAGUGACAGCAGAAUCAGAGAAGUUCUGAGGUCCUUGGGAAAGGAAGAUGUCAAGCCCAUCUUCAAGAAGGGCCUGAAGAAGGAUUUGAAGAAUUAA